UGCUACUUCAGAGCAAGUUCAAAAGUGAAAAUUGUAAGAUAGAAAAAUAACACUUAAGAAACAUCACUCAGUGACCUGAUCACUUUUAUUUCUCACUGAGAACGAGACAAAGAUGACACAAGCUGCUUUUCGAGAGGAAAACGAAUACAUCGCAACGUUCCAAGCGUUUCUCGAGGAACAUCAUAAAGAAGAUAUCGUUAACGUUCUAGUAGCUGAUGACCCAUCAAGCCAGUACUGCGUUGUUGUCAACGUGUUAGAACUGUUUGAUUCUAACAUUGAGGUCAGUCAAAAGCUUCUGGCACAUCCGAACAAUAUGCUGCCCUUGUUUGAUGGCGCUCUGGCUCAGGCGGCCGUUUUGAUUAUGCAAGAAAGUACAACGCAAAUUUCCAUGUCGUUCAAAGCACAUUUGCACGUGAGGCUUUCCAAUCUUCCCAUCUGUCCGGAACUUCGAAGGGAUAAGAUACCUAAGACGUCAGACAUCGGUCGUUUUCUUGCUAUUUCAGGAACUGUCAUUCGAGUAUCCACUGUAAAACUGCUUGAAUAUGAGAGAGAAUACAUCUGUGCACAUUGUAAACAUAUCUUUGGAGUACAAGCUGACUUUGAACAGUUUUACUCCAUUCCUAAACCAGCCAAGUGCCCUGCAUCUAAGGAAUGUAAUUCAAACAAAUUUUCUUGCUUGUCAAAUGGUGCAUCAGAGCCAAAGAGUUGCCGGGAUUAUCAAGAAAUCAAAAUACAAGAACAAGUUCAAAAGCUUGCAGUUGGUACCAUUCCACGUUCAAUGUGGGUCAUUCUUGAAAAUGACUUGGUAGAUUGCUGUAAAGCUGGGGAUGACAUCACCGUGUGCGGCAUUGUAAUGAGGAGAUGGAAACCUGUUUUUCCAGAUAGCCGAUGUGAUCGUGAGGUGGUGUUCAAGGCAAAUCACGUCUCCGUUAACAAUGAACAGAGAGCAGCAGUUUUAGUUACUGAAGAACUGAAGCAAGAGUUUGCAGAAUUUUGGGAAAGAUUUAAACAUUCUCCCCUUCUAGGAAGGAACCAUAUCCUCUCAAGUUUCUGCCCUCAAGUUUAUGGCUUGUAUGCCGUCAAGCUCGCAGUUGCUCUGAUUCUGAUUGGCGGGGUGCAGAGAGUGGAUGCCUCUGGAACACGGGUGAGAGGGGAGUCCCAUCUCCUGCUGGUGGGGGAUCCAGGCACAGGGAAGUCUCAAUUUCUAAAGUAUGCAGCAAAGAUCAUGCCUCGCUCGGUCCUGACCACAGGAAUCGGCUCAACAAGUGCUGGGCUGACUGUGGCUGCCGUGAGGGACUCAGGAGAAUGGCAGCUGGAGGCAGGAGCACUGGUUCUUGCAGAUGGUGGUCUCUGCUGUAUCGAUGAGUUUAACAGUAUCCAGGAGCAUGAUAGAACAUGCAUUCAUGAAGCCAUGGAACAGCAAACGAUCAGUGUGGCAAAAGCUGGAAUGGUGUGCAAACUGAGCACAAGAACAACUGUGUUAGCAGCCACGAACCCAAAAGGACCGUAUGAUCCGUCAGAAUCCCUCAGUGUCAACAUUGCUGUGGCCAGUCCAUUGCUGAGCAGAUUUGAUCUCCUGCUGGUCUUACAUGAUGCAAGAAAUGAAGAGUGGGACAGAAUUGUAUCGUCGUUUAUUUUGGAAGGCAAGGGCCUCCAUACAACAGCCUCUUCAUCAGAGCCGCUUUGGAGCAUGGAAAGGAUGCAAGCCUAUUUCUGUUACGUUAAAACUUUGAAGCCUCAACUCACACCAGAAAGCAACAGAAUCCUGAGCCGUUAUUAUCAUUGUCAGCGGCAGGCAGACCUUCGCAAUGCAGCACGGACCACCAUCAGGUUACUGGAAAGCCUUAUAAGGUUAGCACAGGCGCAUGCACGCUUGAUGUGCCGUGAAUUCGUCACUGUCCAAGACGCGAUUACCGCUGUCACAUGCGUAGAGUGCUCCAUGCAAAACAGUGCCUUAUUAGGCAGUAUGAACGCUUUACAUACCAAAUUCCCGGAUGACCCUCAAGAAGAGUACUCGCGCCAGGCCAAGCUCGUCCUGAAGCGAUUGCAGCUCGAUGAUAUGGUUGCAGCUACUGAUGAACCACAGACACCUAGAGCAGGGAACAGUUCUAACGUUGGCGGAAGUGACGUCAAAAAUGAUACUCAAGAUGCACAUAUCGAUCUGCGUGCUAAGAAAAAGGACAAAAAGCAAAGUUCCUCCGGUGAUGAAGAAAGCUGUAAUCUCGCCAAUGACAACAACAUCUCUAACGAUUUCCCUGAAUUAUAUUCUCGUGAUCAAUUAACAGGAGUCUUUCCAAUCGCAUCGUCGAAUGUUGGAACGGAUACUAUCACUGAAGGCGUUUUAGAUAAAGCAUCUAUUUGUGAAAAAUCCGUACAUAGCGAAGAGACAAACGAAAUAAACAAUUCAAACGGGAAGAACCCCUUGAGAAAUCCUCCAGCUUUGAGAACAGUUUUAAACAGCAAUGAAAAUGUCAAUUUUGCAAGAAGUGCUAAUGAUUCACGUAUAACCUUGUCUUCGUUGGAAAAGAGUAAAAAUAUUAUUCAAAUGUUUUCAAAGAAACCGGUGAUCGAAGCUACGACAACUGUUGCGCGAAAUAACAGCGGAGCCCUGCAGAAAGAGAACUGCAGUAUUUUUACGACAGAGGAACUCGAUGACGCAGAUUUAGAGGUAGAAUGGCCUACCGGUGCUAUAUCGUCGUGUGGGACAGAAAGGAACGAUCAUUCUACAACAAACGUGCUAAGGGGGACAAACGAGAACUGCAAAUAGUUCAAUGAGGUUUAACGCGAAAGAAAAAAGAAACACCUAUUAUUCUGCGAAAUUGGUAAUUAAACACGCGGUAGCCAUUAUUCCUUUCUAGAUCUUGGAAUUCCAAGUGGAAUGUAAUUUUAUCGUAUUGUCACCCACGGUGAAACGUUACUAGCCAGCGAAGAGUGAGAUAAUAGUGAGAUUUAGCACUGCGUUUACGUGAAACGGCAAACGUCAGCUUACCCUUUCACGUUUCACAUAAAAUAACGUGAACCUUGCUUCUUUAGCCUCGCGUUAGCUCAAGUCCCGGAGGAUUUGAAGGCGUAUUGUAUGACUCACAAAGAAUAUUUUUGGUGCCCUUUUUUCAGUCGUCAUAUAAACUUUUGCUCUGUGAGAGAAAAAGUGAAUGAAUUCUUACGAACACGGCAAACGCGAAAAAGGUUACUUUCACGUAGAAACGGCAAGGCGCAACCGGUAAACGUGAAAAAAUGGCGGGGAAAACUAAGUUACGUAGUCUCUCUUGCCGUUCACGUUUCACGUAAAUGCGGUGCUAAAUCUCCGUUACAUGGCUCUUUCCCUAUCGUAAGGAACCAGUCACUAGUUAACGCCUUAGAGGGAGUGUGGAAGGAUUUGGGGUGGGGGGGGGGAUCACAUGGUUUUCAUGGAGGACGGAGGAGGAACAGUUGUCGCCAACAGAGUGUGAAGCGGGGACUUAUUACUACAGAAAAUUGACUCCUAAUGAGAGGGGGGGGGGUCAUAAGGAUAUUAUAGAGUCUUUAGGGGGGAUCAUAUGAUUGUGUUCGUGAAGAACCUAAAUCCUUCGACCCCACCCCUCUUUUACACUACGAACGGAGUGUUUUGCAAACCGUGAUGCGUUCUCAA